UAAAAGGAAGGAAGGAAGGGAGUGAAGGUGGGCUGUGGCGCGGAGGGCGGUAAGUAGGGGGGGGGGGGAAGGGGGAGGAGAGACCGUGCCCUCCCGCUGUGAGCAACCGCUUAACAACAGCGCCUGCUGCGGGGACGGGGACGGUGACGGCCGAGCCCUGUUGUCUCGCUAUCAAGAGAAUGUGUGUCAUCCACGUUUCAGAUCGAGAAAGAGAAUAUGAAGAAAAAUAACUGGUCUAGUAGAAGUCAGCGCACGUGGCGUGAUCGUCGGCGCAAUAACCGAUGGCGAUCUCGAGAAAAUUACAGUCGCACAUCCAAUGAAAGGUACUGGGAGAAUGAUUCUGGGGCAUCAACAGGUCAAUUAACUGAGCACAGUGAUUCCAGUAUGUCAGCGGGUGAACCAGCUCACAGUUCUUCAGUGUCGUCUGAUAGAACGCAAAGCUCUGUACCAGAGCUACCAGGAUUCUAUUUUGAUCCUGAAAAGAACCGCUAUUUUCGGCUAUUACCCGGUCAUAACAACUGCAAUCCUCUUACUCGGGAGUCAAUUAAACAGAAGGAAAUGGAAGAAAAGCGGUUGCAAAUGUUGGAGGCGGAUGAUAAGAUUAAGAGAGUGACUAGAGUGGGCUUGAACUUCACCAGAGUGCUACAAAGAAGACACUUUGGAUUGAUGAACUCGGGAUCAUAUUGCCGACUUAUUCACGAACUAAAGAUCAACAACAUGAGAAGGAAUAAAUUGGAAAUCCAGAGCUCUGAUUCCUCCAGUACCAGUACAGGCAACUUCAAAACUAUUUUAGCAGAUACAGCGUGUGAACGAAUAUUUGCUGUAAACGCUGAGGACGGAGGCUGCAAAUAUGGAAUUAUGAACCUGAAUGGAUGUAGGAAAGGAAUAGGACUACUGACUGUGGACAUGUGUGAUAACCUCUACUUUACACACCGCAAGGGGAGCUCUAUUUGCUGGGCAUCUGUGUCUGGCCCAGAUUCUCAUGUCCUGCUUUGCCUUACAGGCCACGCGGAAACUCCUGGCUGUGUUAGCCUACUACCUGCUUCGUUAUUUAGUAAUUCCAACCCAGGAGAUCAGCCUGGAAUGUUGUGCAGCUUUAAGAUUUCCACCGCUUGGACCUGUGCCUGGUGCUUCAACCCACAAGCUGACAAGUGCUUCAGCACAGGUUUAUCACACCGUGUUCUUGUGACUGAUGUUGUAACGGGUAGAAAACAGGCAUUUGGUACCACCAGCAAUGUUCUUGCUCAGCAGUUUGCACGACGGAACCCUGUGUUGUAUAAUGGCUGCCGUUCUGGGGAGAUUUUCAGCAUAGAUAUCAGACAGCGAACUAGGAAAGGAGAGAGCUGGAAAGCUACCAGGUUUUUCCAUGACUCCGCCGUGACCUCCAUUCAGCUUCUGCAGGAUGAAAAUUAUUUAAUAGCAGCAGACAUGAUUGGAAAGAUUAAACUCUGGGACUUGAGGACAAUGAGGAGUGUUAGACAGUAUGAAGGUCAUCACAAUGAACAUGCUUAUCUCCCUGUACAUAUCAAUGAAAAGGAAGGUAUCCUUUUGGCUGUUGGACAGGAUUGUUACACACGAAUCUGGAGUCUUCACGAUGGCUGUCUCCUAAGAACCAUCCCAUCGCCUCACCCUGCGUCCAAUGACUCAAUCCCCAGCGUGGGUUUUUCUUCACAAUUAGGAGGGAGAGGAGGUGUGCCUGGCCUGUUGAUGGCUGUCAGACAAGAUCUGUAUCACUUCUCAUAUAACUCUGGGAUUUGACCAGCUCAGAUGAGAGGAACAGCAGCAUAAUCACCUAUGCCUUGUCAGCCACAGCAGAUCUAUCCUGAAUAUGGAUAGAUCAUGAACAGACAAUGAAUCAGACUUUAAACAUUUUCCUUGAAGUAAGGAAGCUAAUAUGGUAUUGGUCCUCCCUACCAUAAAUGGGAAGAUGCUUUUUAAAUGAAUAGGAUGGGGGGGAAGGAUAAGCAGCUAUUCUAAUCUUUUCCACAGGAAUUGUGAAUGGGAUGUAAAUGUUGUGACUAAAAUAAACUUGAUUUUAAUUUA